CCGGUCGCUCAGGUUUGAAGGCAGCUGAUUUUGCUGAUUUAAUUAGUUCUCCGUGAAUUUUUGCUACCUCUAUUUCAUUAUUUUGUAACAACAUCUCAUUUUACAAAGUCUGACGAUUUUUUGUUGUCGUUGUUAAAGUUAUGGAGAGUUUUUGACGGUUAAGAAACCAGAAAGUGGAAAAAGUUAUCCGAUAAGGAAGCGGCUAGUUAUGAUUUCACCGGCUGACAGUAGGUGGGAGUAGUAUAUAAAAGAGCUCUACAAUGUGGCCCGAUAAGCACAGAGGAAUCAGAGUUUCUCAGGAGGAGCUGCUCUGCAAGAACGCCUGUGGGUAUUAUGGAAACCCUGCGUGGCAAGGCUUCUGCUCCAAGUGCUGGAGAGAGAAAGCACGCCAAACUGGAGCCUCGAGGCAAGACACGAGGCCAAGCAAUGAUGGAACUCCUCUCACUUUCUCCAAAUUUGAGGAGAAGAAAAGCACAGAGAAAAGCCGUCGAAUUAACACAAUGAGGAGACUCUUCUGGGGCAGCCCGUCGCCUCCUAAACGUCAAGAGUCUUCUGAAAGCUAUGCACAGCUGGUGAAAGCGUACCAGAGCCUUGAGCCCGGAGACUUCCCUGGUUUCCUAAAGAUACUAAAGAGCCCUUCCUCCCAGCGCUUGCAGUCCAGAUGUACAGCUUUCCUCAACACAAUGGAGGCGUACCAUGGUCUGCCGGUGCAGAAGCAGUCAGAUCUUGUGCAGGAUUUCUACCAGUCUUUUGCUGAAUAUUUUAGCAGUUUUCCUGAAGCUCAGGUCACUCAGAUAAUGGAGCAUGUGGAGAAGUUAAUAAUGACACGAUUACAUAAAUGGGUUUUCUGCCAUGACAGCUGUGACGAUGAACAGAAGGACCUGGUGCUCCAGAGAAGAAUACGCUCCUUAAACUGGGUCACUCCGCAGAUGCUAAGUGUACCUUUUCCUGAUGAAAAGACCACAGUCACAGGCGACCCCUUUCUACCAGCUAUAACAGCCAUAAUUGAAAUGGAUGCCAAACGAGCACCUCAGGACAAACUUUCCUGCGUGUCCAAAUGCAGUCAGCAUGUCUUUGAAGCGCUCUCCACCUCGAACAGUGAGCCUGCGAACGCUGAUGACUUCCUGUCAGGCCUGGUUUAUGUGGUGCUGAAGGCCAAUCCACCUCGCCUUCACUCCAACAUGCAGUAUGUGAUUCGUUUCGGUCUCCCUCACAGUCUGAUGGCAGGAGAGAGCGGCUACUACUUUACAAAUUUGUCUUGUGCAGUGGCCUUCAUUGAGAAGCUGGAUGGACCAGCGCUCAGCCUCAGUCCAGAGGAGUUUGAGGGCUACAUGCUGCGUCAGCGUGCUCCCACUGAAGGUAAAAGGCAUCAGGUUGCCAGUGACACACAACAUCUGUUAGAGGAGCUACAAGGCAGACAGGAGAAGCUGGACCAAGGGAUGGAUGCUCUCAACGUGCAGCUACAGAACUGGGUCCAAGCUGUUCAUUUACAGCUGGAUGAGGCAACAGCCCAGUUUGCUCUGGUACAGAAGGAGGUAACGGCUCAGGCUGAGCUCUCACAGGUUCUUCCACCCUCAUCUCAUGAUGCAUCACCGCAACUGGAAGAGAAAGACGAGUCGGUGCUGGUGCUCACGGAUCAACAUGCAGGGCCACGAGACACAGACUGUUAGCUCUGUUAACAAAAACGCCUAAUCUGGUACGUUACUCCUUUUAAUCUUCAGCACUAACGUAUGUAGGCUGCAAAACAAACACAGAUUUAUAUGCCAAUGCCACCCUUGUACACCUCUGCACAAAGCCGGGAUUUGUCAACCGGUUGAACAUGAAGGAAAACUUCUCGAAGGAAACUUUUUGAAUUUGGUAUCACAGAGGAUUUUUAACUAAUAAAGAUUUGCACUUGUGUCAUGUUUGAGAAUGAAGGCCAUUAGAAAUACAUUACAAUUUUUAAUAACGUGUUCAUGAAUAAUAUUUAAGCACUCAGGGUACAGAGGGGAUAUGACCUAACACUUCAAGAGUCCUUAAUUAAUAUUUACUUAUUCUAAUAGUUAACACCAAUGUGCCUCUAUGCUGUGAAAUAGACAAAUAUGCUAAAGGAGAACAUGUUAGCUGGCAGUUUGGGACCACUACACGUCACAGGGUGUGUUGAUGUUUUUCAGAGCUGUAUAACUCUUUUCAACAUGCUGCCUUGAAGAUUAAAUAGCAGGUGAAAAACAAUUUGUAACACAUGCAUACGUGUGCAGAGGGUAUCCUUUGUUUAUAACUGUUAAAGUUUCUGAAGAAGUCAUAGGGUUUUAUGUUUCGAUCAAUUAUUGUAGCCAAUAUUAUAUU